GUUAGAGAGAAUGUUAAACUCAGCAUGGAUUCAAAGCACGGAGGAGAGAGAAUGCCUGAGACGAGUCAUGGUGGUGCAAUCAGUUCAAAUCUUGAGGAGACGAAGGCUUCUGUGAAAUUCAGCCGAGGAGCAAUUUCAGGUCUUAUUCCGAUCAAGUCUCUGGUUUCAGUUUCCUGGCAUGUGCCCCACAGGAACAGGGACGAACAUCCUGGGUUUUACUCGGAUUAUUCUAGGCCGAGGACACGCCCUCCCUCUCACAACUGA